AUGAAAAGAUUGGAUUGUAUAAUAUUCAUUUUUUGGGUUAUUACAUCCAUUUUAAUAUAUUCAAAAGAACAAGGGAAUUCGUUAGAAAAAAUAACAGAAUUUAGACAACAGCAUAGAAAAACAUUGGAUGGAAGACUUUGCUCUGCUGCAUUUUUACAUGAUGAUCAAACAUACACUGAUUGCGCAAAUACAACAUCUCCUGAUGGGACCACCGGGAGAGAGUGGUGCUAUGUCGAAGUGCAGCUUUUGGGAAAAGGAGAAAGAGACUGGGAUUAUUGUGCAGGUGUAAUAAACUAUGAUAAAAUAAGAAUAGAUGCAAAGAGAAUGUUCGAAGGUAAAUCUUUAGAAGCAGAUAGAUUAAAUGAUAGAUUAAAUAGUUUAAAAAUGCGAAUAAAUAGUAUGGUAAAUAAAUAUGAUUUAUUGUGUGGUAAUAAACAUGAACUAAUAAAUUCUCGAAUUAACAAAAUAAAUGAUUGGAUUAAAAAAAGUUCUGAUUCUAUAAAUAAAAUAGAAUAUAAUUCAAAUGAAUUAGAAAAUAGUAAAAAGAUAAUUAAAAAGAUAGAUGAAGAUAUAAAAAAAGAAAAAGAAAAUUUAAAAAAAUCAGAUGAAAUAUGUGAAAAUGUAAAAGGAUAUGAAAAUGAAUCAAUUACAGAUGGAUUAAAAGCUUCGUAUUUUAGUAAUCCGUUUUUUGAGGGAAUGCCAAUAAUUUCAAAAAUAAUAAAAGAUAUAAAUUUUAUAUAUAAUAAUAAAUCUCCAUCUCCAAAUUUAAUAUCUUCUUAUAAAUAUUCUAUUAGAUAUACAGGAUAUUUGUUAGCUCCAGUUAGUGGAAUAUAUACAAUUAUAGUAGAUACUGAUUGUUCUGUUCGUAUAUUAAUAAAUAAUAAAAUUGUUAUUAUAAAAGGUUUUAACGAAAUAAUUCGACAUAUAAAUAAUAAUAACAAUGUGAAUGAAAUAAAAAGUGAAACAAAUGAUGAAGACAAUAAAUUUCGAUAUAAAAUAGACAAUGAAAUAAAUAACACAUCAAAGAGAAUAUCUAGUCCUAUUGAAUUAAUAGGUGGAGAAAAAAAUAAAAUAAUUAUUGAGAUUUCUCAUUUAUCUAAUUUAAAAUAUGAAAAAGGAGAAUCAUCUUAUUUUAAAUUAUUAUGGAAAUCUAGUAGAAUAAAUGAACAAGAAAUUGGAUCAAAUUAUUUAUAUAGUGAAAAUUUUAUUUCUAAUUCCAGAUUUUCGUCAGUUGAUCCUGAAUUAUUUGAGAUUGGAUUGUUAGAUGUAAAUGAGAUGGCAUACAAAAAUGAAACAGAUUGGAUAAUUGAAAAUAUUUCGAAUAAAAUGAGAUACAAUGAUUUACAUCUAUUAAGAACUUUUAUAGAACCCAAAUUUGAUUCCUUUUCAUUAGAAGUAAGUGGAAAUUCCAAUUUGUAUAUUGCAUCUCCAAUUGAUAAAGAAUUUCCAUUAGUAUGGAUAAAUGAAUCUAUUAUUAAAAUUCAAAAUACAAACGAUAUAAUAGAUUUAUUAAAUAUAAAAAGUAAAGAAAAAAACAAAUUAAAAAUAUGGUUUAUUCCACUAAAAAAUAAAACAUAUAUUAAUUUUCAAAAUAAAAAAAAUAUACCAUUUUUAUUAUUUUUACAAAAAAGAAAAAUUUUACCAACAAUAUGUAGUGGAGAAGAAGAAAUAUUAUCAUCUCCAGAAAAUAACAAUUUUAAAGAAUGUGUAGAAUCAUCAAGUAUAUCUAAAAAAUAUAAUUGUAUGUCUGGUCUUAAUAUUUAUCAUAUAGAUAAAAAACAUAAUAUUUGGAAAACAGCAAAUGGAUCAAUAGGUGAAUAUAUAACAAUAUAUUUUAAAAAACCUGUUCAAAUAAAUAAAUUUCGAUUCAAACCACAAGAUAAUAUAUUAACAUGGCCUUCUGAAAUUUUAUUACAUUUUGAUGACACCAAAAUUUUAGUUCCUAUUUUUUAUACAUCUAAUAUAGAAUACAAUACAAAAAAGUUUGAACACUCAAUUAUUACUACAUCUGUAAAAAUAGAAAUACGUGAUAUGUUUGUUAAUCAUUUAGAAACUGGUGGAUCAUUUGAAUUAAUUGGAAAUUCAUGUAACAUAAUAGAUAACGAAUAUAUGAAUCAUCAUGCCAUAAUAGAUGUAGUAGAUUGUGAUAAUACUUUAAAUGAUAUUCCAGAUAUUAAUCCUUUAAUUUAUGGAGACAAAUUUAUUGUUUCAUGUCCAUAUAAUUGUAUUCAAAAUGCAGAAUCAAGUAAUAAAAAUAUAUAUGGAUCCGAUUUCUAUUCUUUAGAAUCACCAAUUUGUAAAGCAGCAGUUCAUUCAGGUGUUUGUUUAAAAAAUGUGAAUGACAAAGAUGUUAAUAAUUAUGAAAAAGAAUGUAAAUUUUUACUGUUAAUAAAAGAAUUAUAUGGAUCAGAUUUUAUCGGAAAGUUACAAAAUAAUGUAUUAUCUAUAAAUAAACAUAUAGAAGAACAAAAUGAAAUUUUAUCAUUUACAAUAUCUCAAAUUGUUUCUACAAAAAUGAAUAAUUUAUCAUCUUUAUAUUAUUCUAUACCAAAUAGCUAUUCAAUUGUAUUUAAAAAUAAAGAUGAUUUAAAAAUUCCUAAUAAAUUUUUAGUAGAUUCAGGAGAUAUGUUUAUUGAUUAUGGUAAUUUUGGAUAUGGUUGGAAAAGAAAAGUAGAUUCUAACAUUUCAUUAGAAUUAAAAGGGAAUAAAAGAAAUGUAAUAAAUAAUGUAAAUUUUCAAGAUGUUAAAAAUAAAAUAGAACCCAUAAAUUAUUUCUUUCAUAAUAUAAUGUAUUCAGAUGGUAUUGUUUUUCCACCUGCAUCUACAAAUGAACAAUGUGUAAGCAAACUAACAUGUGAAUCAAAUUAUUGGACAUUUAAAAUAUAUGAAAAUGGAAAUUAUUUAAUUCAAAUUCUUAUAGGAAAUAUAUAUUUUGAUUCUAUUCAAAAAAAUUUUCUAGAAGUCAAUGGAAUUUCGAUAAUUAAAAAUGUCGAAUUAAAAUUAAAUGAAUAUUAUGUAGCUACUAAAAAUGUACAAAUAAAUGAUAACAAACUUAUAUUAACAUCUACUUGUUUAGAAUCACAAUAUUCAUGUGGAAAUUCUCAAACAACUAUACUUUCGAUACAAAUUAUAAAAAACUGA